AUGAUGGAACAGCCGGCGUUCCCGGCUCUGGAGCCAACUCAGGUCGCGGUAAACAUCCACUACGUCUCCAUUUUUCGCUCUUCAAUAUUUUCUUCCUCUUCUUCUCUGGUUACCUCUCCUCAAAGCGACGAGAGCGGAACUGAGCAUGGAAGGGGCGACGCACGCGGCACCUCACCGCACGAAGACGAGUGCGAAAAUGAAUUGCAGGCAGAAGGAAAAGGAAGGCGGAGGACUGUCAAUGCGCAAUCAUCCGGCUCUUCCUCGGACCCGGGUCUGUCUUGCGUCUUCAUAGGCGAUGCGCGCGCCUGGGGGGCCGGCAUCUCGGGCAUUUCUCGAGGAGACUACCUUCUCGUGCUCCCCUCCCGCGACCAAGUUUGUCUCUCACGAGACGGAAGGAGCCUCGACCUCCGCGGCUGCUCCAGCGCAUCGUCUGCCAGGGAUUCGCCUGCAGUCGUCGUCUCGCGCUUCCCUUCUUGCUUGCCCCUUCCUCUGUCUCUCCUCGCUGAGGGCGAACAAGGCUCCGCGGCUGCGGCGCGUGCCUCGUUUCCCGAUCUCCUGCUUCGACUCGCCUUCACCUUUCCGCGCCUCCUCGAGGCUCUGAGCUGCACUUGCCAGUUUUUGCGACCUGAAGAGGGCGAAACCGUCGCCAUAUGCUGCGCGUCGCUUCAUCAAGCGAGUGCGCUCGCCGAGUGCAUUCUGCCUCUUGGCGCCACCGUUCACGUCCUUCUGCGCGACCCUCCCGACGAGGGUGACAGUGGAGUCGUGUCAUGCGACAGCGGCGCGGCGAUCUCCGAUUCGCUCUCUCCUCUCUUCUUCAAGCACCCCGCCGUUGCCGCUCACCGCCACAACCUGCAUGUCCACCGCGUCGGCGCCUCAUCCGUUCCUGACGUUCUUCUCGGCGCCACGGCAGACCUCGGGGUGGACGCGCUCCUCCUGCUUCCUGGCUGCGAGGGCACGGCUACAACGCGAGCGCCCUGCGACCGCGCGAGGGAAGAGGAGCCCGAUGCGCCGUCGGCCGCCGUCCACCGAAGCCUCCUCUCUACAGGUCUCGCCUGCAUCAGCAUCCAGGGCCGCGUGCUCGCCGGCUGUGACGUGCGCGCCGCGGACGAAUUUGAAGUCGACUGCAUGCGCCGCAAAGCGGCCACGCUGACGUUCCUUGCCUCGCCGCUCUCGCUCGGCACCUCGGCGCACCUUGGAAAGACGCUUCAUCUGGCAGUGCAUGCGAUACGUGGAGUCGCGGAGGGGCGUCUCUGGAGCCCCUCGCCUUCGGUGCUGGCUACGCACGGUUGCCUCUAUUCUCUCAACGAUUUCGACGGCGCCCGAAGGAAGGCGCGCGACAGGACGGCCCCCGGAGACUGCAUUGUCUGCACGCGGAGCCCCGUAUAG